GAUAUACAACUAAAACCCUGCUCACGACAUGCCUUACUUUUGGGAUACAGUAUUCGAAAUGCUGUCUUAUUUAUUUUGUACUUAGGACACUGUGACAGACACCAGCUUGGUUUUGGAAAUACAAUAAAAAUGUCAGAGGAAGAUUUCAGAACCACUCCAGCUUGUGCACGAAGUCCAAUAGUUUCCAAACGAACUAUGUUUCAGGAUGAAUUACACAGGACAGUUGCUGCCAGAGUGAUGAAGCAGUUCACAAUUGAAGAAAAUGCUUUCAGUGAUUUUGACUAUGAAAAUGAGAAGCCAAGAAGUUUAAUGAAGAAUAGAAGAAAUAAUGAUGAUGAACUUGAUAAUUUAACUAUCACAGAAAAGCCUGUGGAACACCACCAUAGUAAUGACCAAUGGAGCCCAGUAUCUUUUCUGAAAUCCACAAAGAGCAACAUGAGAGAAUAUGAGGAAAAUGUACCUGUUCCUAAACCGAGAGAAUGCAAAAUGAGACUAUUACCAUCUACAGAAAAAGUGAAGAAUUCUCUUGCAGAUGAAUCUCCCAAACCAAAACCACGUUACAAUCUUCUGAAAAAGCAAAGUGACUCUGCAUGGGCUAAUGAAUUGGAGAAGCAGGAUGAUAACCUUUUUAAUACCUGUCAUUCAACUUCAUAUUCAAAGCUUUCCACAACUAUCAACAAAAACAAAUCGUACUCCAGAAGCCCCUGUUCUGAGUAUCCAAGAAGUUCCAGUUAUCUAUCAAAAGCAUCAUCAUUAAACAUGAGCAGAAGCACAUCAUCAAUACCUGAUGUCAGGUGUGCAGAUUCAAUUGAAGCACAAAUGAAUUCUUCAGCAGAUGAUAAUCCCACAGGGAGCAUUGCCAUUGGUAGAAUCAAUGGAAAGAAAUCAUGCAUUACUGCAGAGCAAAUUCAAGAUAAUGCAAAUGAACUAAACAUAAAUAAAUCAGAGUACUUCUUGCAGGAAGAAGCUGAUGUAGAUAACUGGCAAUCUCUCAUGUGUAAACCCAAUUUGGAGCAAUGUGUCACUGAUUAUGCCAUAUCAGAGUCUUUCAUGGAGAAUUCCUUAAAAUUGAAGGAAAAAGCCCAAGCUAAGAUGAAGUGGAUUGGGAUCAAGAGUCAAAAUCCAGAAACAAAUGCAAAAUCAAAAAGUAGCAGGUCUCUGAAUUCACCAUUGGAGAUUCUGGAAAGAUCUUCUGUUGGAAAAAAUACACAAUCUAACACAACUGAAUCUCGGUAUUUGGGGACAUUAAAAAUCUUGGACGUAAAGGCUUUUACAAAUGAAACUUCUAACCUUGAAGCUGCAGACACUAUCAGGGCAUCUAUUUAUCAGGAGUGGUUGGAAAGGAAAAGGCAAAUUCUUCAUGAAGAUAAAAAACAUCGAAAGCUGAAAGCACAACAGGAGAAUGAGAAGAGAGAGCAGAAGAGCAUUGAAAACAAAAAAGAAGUAAAAGCAUCAUUUGAGGCCUGGAAGGCAAAGAAGAAGAAUGCUUUUAAAGAAAUCUGUCAAAAGAAGAAAGAAGAGGAAAAAAUAAAGCAACAAGCAGAAGCAGAGAAAGAAGUGAGGAAAGAAGAAGCAGAAAAGGUAUUUGAAAAAUGGAAAGAAGGAAAGAAUAGGUAUCUGAAAGAAAAGUUACAGAAGCAAAAACAAGUUCAAAAAGAGAAGGGGGAAAAGGAAAAAGAGCAAGUCGCUGAACGAAAGAAAGAAAAUGCUUUGGCAUUUAUGAAAUGGAAUGAAAAGAAAGAAAUAGUAGUGAAGCAAAGGAUGAAAGAAAUUGCAAAGGAUCAGCAGAAAAAGAAACGUGAAGAAGAAUACACAAAAUCUGGGAGAGAAGAGAUGGCAGCACUGGAGUAUGAGAAAUGGCUGGCACAGAAAGAAAAGAAUGAAAAGAAGCAAAAGAAAAUCAAGAGUGCAUUAUACAGGGACCCACCACCUCCCUGGAGCCCCCCUAAUAAAACAAUACCAUUUGGAAAAUGA